GACCAAAACUACGGCUUGUGGACGUCUUGUGUACAUACUGACCGAAACUUUCUUUACUGUAUUCUCUUCAGUGGCAGUAGGAUGGCCAGUAACAAUACAAGCCGUUGCCUGGAUCAGUUUGAGCUGCCCAGCAUCACGGAUGACACGCGUAUCACUCUGUUGCUUAUCAUCUUAACGACCACCUUGUCCGUGUUGAUCGUUGCCACAAAUUUCUGCUUCAUUCUCGUCAUGUGUCGCUACAGACGCAAAUACAGCUGCAGGGAUCACAGCAAGUCGCUGCUGAUAAUGAUGUCCUUGGCGACCUGCGACGCACUGAUCGGGGCGGUACUACUGCCCCAGCUUGCGUACGUUGUCGUCAACAAUGGUUACUGGAGCAUUCAAGGAGAGUUCUGUCUGAUGUUUCUGAUGCUGGACAAGGUGCUCAGCACUGUCUCCAUUUACCACAUUGCAUUAAUGGCCCUGGAUAGAUAUCUGGCAGCUUGUAGGCCACUCCUGUACCUUAAGUUACAAACUAAAACUGUAUACUUUCUAAUUUUAGCCACUUGGGCUUUUCCCAUAGUGUCCACUUCGGCGUCUUUAGUUACAAGCCUCGUCUACUACGAUCUGUAUACAUCCAUUCAAUGCAUGUCCGUAAGCCAUGUUUGCUUUGAGUAUUUCACAGGGUUGGUGCUUCUUACCGAGAUGUUACUCGACUUUUGGGUGCCGCUAUUAAUAAUUUAUACCCUUUACCUGCUCAUUACUCGAAAAAUUUACGCCUAUGAGCGGCAGUUCUUUGUUAAGUUCAAUGCUUUGACGCAGCCAUUAGCAAAAGCAACAACUGAAGCUCUGGUCCAUGCGAAACGCUUCUCCAAACCAGCCCACUCCAUUGAAAGGGAAGUAGAAAUUAACAAAGCGAAAAUUCUCGCUUCUGCGGCUAUGCCUUCAUCGAGACUUUUGUCAGACGAUAUCUAUAAGAAGGGCGAAGAUGAUGGCAAUAGGAAAGACGGAGACGAUGUCGCCCCGAGACACAAAGACGACGCCAUCUCGGUGAAAUGGACUGAAGAAGAGGGGCGGCUGUCGAAAGGCAGCUUCGCCCACAGCGACCAGGAGAGGAAGUUAAGAAGGAACAGUUUAAAAGCCUACGUGACAGUGGGCUGCAUCGUCGUGGCGUUCACCGUCUGCUGGCUUCCCUACAACAUCUUCCACAUUGUUGUCUAUUUGUUAAAGAUGGAAUUGUGGCCCGUGGUUUAUAUCUGUUUUACUAUCCUAAGCUACGCAAAUUCGGCCGUAAACCCGAUUUGCUUUUGUUUCACGAGUAUCGUGCGCCAAGCCAUUGCAGAGGAAUUCUGCUGAAACAGUGCAAACCAGCUCUAGACAAUACUGCACAUUCUUUGAACUGUGCAAAACCAGCUCUAGACAAUAUUGUAAAUUGUUGAACCGCGCAAAGAGAACUUUACGAAGCAUUAUUUAACAACAACCAAAAAAGGCAUCCCUCUAACUAAAUGAAACUAAAGCACAAAGUAGUCAAGCUGAAACAAGUGCAUCUACUUUUUUUUUUAUAGUAGUCCUACUAAAUAAAUGGAUUUGUAUAAAUCUUGGAAAUAUAAAAUGAACAUUGUUGUCUGAAUUUAUGAUAGCGAUGCUUAAUACAAAUUGUAG